UGUGUCACGCGCAUUUCAGGUGGUUUAUUGAUAUUAAUCAAUCAACCCAAUCAAAUACUUCAYAUGGAUCGUGAUGACCAGCAGUUAGUUGGAAGACUUGAAUUUGAUGUCGAAUCUUUGCAAAUGGACUCUAAAUCAGYCGYCGAUUCCGAGGCUGCUUCUAAUACUCAUUGGUGCACAAACCAUAGGUCAAAGCUGAAAGAACUGCUUCAUUGUCAACGAGCCCAAUACUUCAUUGUCGGUCUGGUUGUGCUGGAUUGUGCUAUAGUUAUUGCAGAGCUUAUUGUYGAUCUUGAAGUUUUGAAAGGUGGGGGAAUGGGACUCUCGACCCGACCCGACCGAAAAAUGACUUGCAUUUUAAGAGAGCCCGCCCGGCGGAGUCUGGGCAAGGCUAACUAUUUUGAAUUCUUAUCAUUAGUGAUUGAACAGCUUCAAUAA